GACAAGACACCGGAAAGUGGGUCAAGCAUCCAAAUAAUGCUAAUGGCAGUCCAAGAAAGUCUCGCCUUCUUCCCGUCCAAGCCCUGCUUGAGCCACGGCCAGCCUCAAGCGCCCGAGCACGAGCCGCUGACACGAGGCGAGGAAGAAGACGAUGAAGAAGUGCCGAGUGUCGCCCGUCAAGAUCGUCGCUUCUCGGGGGACGAUGGAGCCCGAGGGGUGCCCGCGCAAGAGCUCCGCCUCGUCGCCCCCGGCUCCGCGGCCGUCGACUCCCGAGCUUCGGUUGGCUGGCCAGGCCCCGCUGCAAAUACCGGGAGUCCACAAACCGCCACAAGGGAGGCACCGCGCCGAGGACACCGACGACGAAGGCGAUGUGCGAAGGCCAUCGCAAGGGCUGUCGCAUCGCAAACCGUCGCUGGCCUCGCAGUCCCCGCCGCCUGCGGCAGCGACGGCAGCCAGCCCCACGACCUCGUCGACGAGCCGUGGCAAGCGUAAACGCGCGAGGAACCGGAAGCUGCACCGGUCGCCGUCGGCGGCGGUCGUGUCGACGAGCGCCGACGCGACGGGAGCGCCCACCGCGAGCGGGGCCGGGGCGGCCGCCGAGGCCGCGUGCGCCAAGCGUCCGGCUGUGGCCCGCACUCCCGAUCGUGCCGGCGUGCCCACAGUGCCAACAAAAGCGUCGGCUGGCCUUGCCAGACACCAGGGCAUGGAGGAACUGCCGGCCAUCGACCAGCUUCGCCAACGAAGGACCCCUCUCCGGGAGACCACGAACACCCUGGGCCACAUGUCACCUGGUAUCGCGGGAUACCUGCGCCUGCGCACCCCGUCGCCAAGCUGCCCGGGCACCCCUCCCACAGUGUGCGGAGCGAAGGCCGACCUGCGCCGCCUGAUGGGCAGCCUGGACCUGACCUCCUCCCCCGAGCGGCCGACGGUGUCGACGCCCAACCGACACGAUGUCUCGCCUCCGCCGCGAACAAGCCCGUCGGAGAUGACCGAGUGCCCGUUUGCCUUGCCGCCCGAUGUCGGCAGCGGAUUUCUCUUGGAACCCCCCGUGGCGGCUUCGUCGAGCCACGCGCCCGUGACGGAGCAGCGCAGGUUCCGGCUGACCCGCACGCGCUCGCUGCCCGACCUGCGCCAGGAGGCGGCCGCGCCGGAUUUCCUGCGAAACCGCCUGAUACUGCAGACCGACGACACGGUGUACCUUCCGUUCAUCCUGCGCAAGGAGUACGUGAUCCGCACCAAGCUGCGCGUCUCCUUCAGCCUGCUCAAGCCGCCCGUGGUUAAGCGGUCGCACAGCGAGGGCCACGUGACCGAGGUCACUUUCCUGCAGCAGGCCUACUGCGGCUACUGGGACGAGACCGACACCGAGCUGGAGGAAUCCGACUGGCGGGUAGACGAAGGGUGCAACUUCUUCGACCUGUGCUACUUGCGCUGCAAGUGCUGCAAAAAGCACGCUGGUCCGAUGGCCACCGCACGAUGACCGGACGCUGCGGUGAUGAGCCACGCACCGUGGCCUUUUUUUGUUGUGUGUGCGGAACUCAGCCGUGCUGCAUUCCGCACUUAAUUAUUUUUACCGCCUAAUCUCUUUACACAAAAACAACAAGCCGUUGUAAUUAGUAUAUUUUUACAAUACAGUUUCAAAGAAAUGA